CCCAUAUUGGGCGAAUUUUUCGUCGUCUUCCCCGAAUAAUAUAAAGACCAUUUUCCAGAACUUAAUCGGCCCCGAUUAGCUCAAAUUCGUCAAGAAAUUCUAGGGUUUUCAUCGUCUAAGAAGGAAAGAAUCAGGAUGUCGGAGCCACCAUUCAGACCUAGGGAAAAGCUUAUCGAGUAUCAGAAAUAUUUCCAAAGCAUCCACAAGCACACUUACCUGAAAGGACCUUACGAUAAGAUCUCUUCCGUUGCAAUUCCUGCUGCUCUGGCUGCAAGUGCCUUGUUCUUAAUAGGGCAAGGGAUCUAUAACAUGUCUCAUGGGAUUGGAAAGAUGGAAUGAGGCUCUAUACUGAUGCUUGGAAGGCGUGUAUUUUCUGGACUCUUGUGGUUUCUUUGUAGCAUGAUAUUUGCUUUAAUAAGUCGAACACUUCUUUGCUGUUAAUGGAAAUUAUAAAAGAUACCGUGUGGAGUUGUGUCUGGUUUUUGUUUCUUUUGAAAGCUAAAUGAUAAGAACUUGGAAUUUAGCAAUCUGUUUGAUGAUUUCUAUG